AUGGCCAAUUCUCCACCAUUUUCAGACCGAGCUGUUUAUCCGGCAGCGGAAGUGGACGAUAUUCCGUUAGACAAUUACUUGCGCCAUCUGGUCCGCAGUCUACAAGAGGAGCUUAAAGACAAUCUGUUGGCUAUUUAUCUCUUCGGUUCUGCCGGGUACGGCGCAUACGAGCCUGGUACCAGUGACGUUGACGUGUAUGCGAUUAUCCAUGAGCCAAUACUGGACUAUCAGAGGCUGUCUCGCAUCAUAAGCCAUACCACUAUACCCUGUCCAGCACGCAAACUUGAAUUUGUCCUCUUUACCAAAGCCAAAGCCGCCAGCCAAAUGACCAAUCCUGCGUUCGAAAUGAAUUUCAAUACAGGAAAGGAUAUGAAUGACUAUGUGAAUUUGAAUUCUCAAACCGAGCCUCGCUUUUGGUUUUUGCUUGAUAUUGCUAUCGGUCGUGACUUGGGGAAGUCACUUCUUGGUCCACCUCCUGAUAAAUUGUUUGCUGCUCCGAAAGUGGCGUGGAUAUUGAAUUGUAUGGUUGAAUCAUUGGCAUGGUACCGUCAGAAUGGCCCCGUGACUUACGAUGGCGUUCUUAAUGCGUGUCGUCAACUGUGUUAUGCAAAAACCUUGACGUGGAGGUCCAAAAUGGACAGCGGCACUUGGGUACUCGAUCACUGUAACCAGCCCAAAAUCGUUACACUUGCCAUGCACGCUCGGACUUCGAAGGCAGCUUUGCCACAGGAUCUGGCUCUAGAGUUCUUCACUAUUGUCGAGAACGAACUCGAGCAGCGUAGGGGGAAUUAA